CGAGGAACCGAUACUGGGUAAAAGGCAUUGCACUUCGAGAGCCGCUCGCACACUAGAGAACGCUGCUCCAUGACGCCGUUCUUCCGCUCCGUGUCGCGCUCCAGGGCUGCCCACGCGUCGCGGCUGCUAUCCACCGUGGCAGAACAUGCGGCUCCGCCCACCCGCCGACGCCUGCGCGAGCUUCCACCGCCGCUUAACCUGGUGCGUCGCAAGCGUAGAAUUGAGAGGUUUGAGAGGUUCGAGAACACUGGUAUAACGAUAAUAAUUCGUUUGGUACAGACGGACGCCGCUGCCGAGCGUAUAAAGGAGCUACUGGCGAACAAGCCAGACGCCAUCGGCAUCCGACUAGGCGUUAAAACACGUGGAUGCAAUGGCUUGUCGUACACUAUGAACUACGCAGACAAGAAGGAGAAGAUGGAGGAGGAGGUGACCAAGAAUGGUGUCCGCGUCUUUGUGGAGCCCAAGGCACUAUUCCACGUUGUCGGCACCACCAUGGACUUCCAGGUUAGUCUUGUUGAUCUUUACUUGCCUCGUGUUGGAUAAUAUUUAUUUUUGUGUUUUAUUAUUCUCGUUUUAUUUCAGAUAACGCCGGUGUCGUCCGAAUUCGUUUUCGAGAAUCCGAACGCCAAGGGAAGCUGUGGUUGCGGCGAGAGCUUCAACGUCUAGUUCUCGAGCGCUCGCAGCUUGAGAAUGAAAGGAGAUUCCUUUUUCGUUGACUCUCCAAUAUUUCCUGUGCUGUAGAAAGCUCCAAACAAUAAUAAUAUCAUCAUUUCAAGCGAUAUA